UAAAAGACAUGUGGAGGAGAGACAGAGGAUUAUCAAGACCUCCCAAAGAGACUGUGAGUUACUUAUCAUUGUAGCAGGCCCACGCUGCUAGAAACAUUAGAGCAGAGGCUUUAACGGGAUGCAUGUGUUUGAAUUUGCUCGCUGCCAUGCAGUGAGCACAUAAACCCAGCCGUGCACUUACUAAAGGGUCGGACCGUGUUACCGCCCCAUCUUCUCUGACGUAGAUGGGAGCAGGUGGAGGAAUGGCUGCGUGAGUUAUAAGAGAUUGCUACCCAGGUCAUGUUUUAUUCUGUCUGUCAUACUUGAAGGAUUGUAUCACACAUUCUGCUGCUCCAACCUGGAAAGACCUCAAUCACUUCGUCACAAAAAGUUACACACACAUACACAUUUCUGCUUUUACGAGGAAGCACCAUGACGAUCAAGCUUUUCUUCCUCCUGCUCUGCACAAUCUCGCUAUGCAGAGCUCAGAAAUGGAAACAGGACACCUCCCCUUGGAGUCCAAAAGAGAAUGAGAAGACCUGCUCCAACCUGACUCAGGUGCUGGACAACUGGAAAUUUGCUAUUUUAACCCAAGUGAAAGACCUGCUGAUAAAUGACCAUGCUUCUGUCCUCCCUGAAUAUAACAGGAUCCAGCCUCUCUCAGAUGCUCUGGGAGACCUCUACAAGCAGUUUAACUCACUAAAAGAAGAGCUGGGCGCACUGUCGGCAAAGUUUGACAGAGUUGAAGGUUUUGUGGACGAGCUUAAGGAUGGCAGAACCCCUGUGCCACAGCGGCCCAUACAAAGGAUCCACCCCAGCUUUGGUCUGAGAUCUCCACUGGGAGCUCAGAAGAGAGCUCCCGACAGCAGAAUUAUUCCUCAGCCCAAACUGCUCAGAGCGAGGAGGAGAGGGCCACAGAGACAAUAGAUCUGUGCCUCGGAAGUUUUUGUUUGGUCAUGUAUGAAGCUUAAAUAUGUAUAUUUUUCAGGAGAAUGGUUAUAUUUUGUAUUUUUACAUAUAAGUGUAAGGUGAAAGAUGACUCUCCCGGCCCACAAAUAAUUACUGAAAUAAAGGUGUAUGGGAUAGAAAUGCAUGAUAUUUAGUAUAAAAUCUAUUCAUCUUCACACCACUUAUUGUUUUUACAUUCUACCACAAGGCAGCAACAUUCAAACAUUCAUUAAAUCAUCUGCUACCUGCUCUUUUCUGUUUCAAAAGGUGGACAUGAUUCACCACAACAACUGAAACAAUGUUCUUUAUAAUCAUAAAUGAAAGGGUAAACCCUAACCCAAACGAGGGCAAACAGAAUGUUCAAAGGACAAGAAGAUAGAAUGUUAUUGAUGUCAAAUUAAUACACAUGGUAGGAGUUUGAAAUAGAAAUACUGGAAGACAUAAGGAAUAUGAAAACCUUUAGAUAAUUAAGUUUAUCAAGAAAACAGAUUAUUUUACCUGUAUGUAAGAUGUUAUGUGCUAUAGACUAAGAACUUGUUUUUCACUAUUGUGGAUGUAAGCAGGCUGUGUGCUCUCAAGCAAUUAAUAAAAGUAUAUAAAUCUACCUUAUGUGCAA